GAGCGUGGAGUGUUGACUGAGGAGGUAAGAAAGCAAAGUGACGGAUGAGGGGAAGGGAGAAAUAACGACAUAGUUCCGAUGGAAGUCAAACGCGAAGUCAGCGAUGAAAGUCUAGCUGAGAUGAGCGUGUACUCUCAGCAGUUGUUGUACGGGUUGAAUGAACUUCGUCAGCGCCAGCUACUAUGUGACGUUGUCCUCAUAGCGGACGACGCAAAGGUAGCCGCCCACAGGGUAGUGUUGGCGGGGUGCAGCCCGUACUUCCGGGCCAUGUUCACGGGGAGCCUUGUGGAGAAAGACAAACCUGAGAUUGAACUUCAGUCCGUGGACAGCAUAGGUUUGAGGACGAUUGUGGAGUACGCUUACAGAGGUAGUGUGGUCAUAUCGCAGCACAAUGUCCAGUCCGUACUACCGGCUGCUAAUCUGUUCCAGCUGACACCCCUUCUGAGAAACUGUUGUCGAUUUCUCCAGUCCCAGCUUCACCCUUCGAACUGUCUAGGCAUUUGGAAGUUUGCGGAAACGCACUCCUGUUUUGAUCUAUACAACAAAGUCUUCAGUUUCAUUCUGCAGCAUUUCACUAAAGUGAUGAGAACUGAAGAAUUCAAAGACUUGACGGUAGAGGAAGUGUGUGAGGUGUUGUGUCAAGACAAUUUGUCUGUCUCCUCCGAGAGGUGUGUGUUAGAGGCGGUAGAUCUCUGGCUGCAGGCAGAUCUGCCCUCCAGGAGAGAUAGCCUCAAAAAUCUGCUCCCUUGCAUCCGACUGUCACAGCUCCCACUCACUGUGCUCAAUAAAUUCCUCGAUUCUCACCAGCACCUGAUAGAGGAUUCAAUAUGUAGAAAGUUAAUAGAAGAGGCCUUGGGGGAUAAACUUGACGCAGAACGAAGACUGAAGAGAAGUAAGGCAGACUGCAGCAGCUGCCGAGCCAGGUGCCCUUCUAAAGCCCUGUGUGCUGUUGGAGGGAAAUGUGGGUUAUUUGCUAGCCUCGACAGUGUGGAGAUAUACUGUGCUUUAAACCGCUCCUGGACAGAAAUAACACCUUUAUCCACCUGUCGUAACGAGUGUGCUGUGACUUCCGUGAGCAGCAGGCUGUAUGUGCUGGGUGGAAUCAUCUGUGAAAACAGAGAAAAUGGCACCUACCGUUACCAUGACAACAGAGUGGAAUACUGGGACCCAGAGUCAAAUGUGUGGCAUGAAAAAUCUCCCAUGAUACACCGGCGAAGUGCAUUUGCUGUGGUAACAUUUCAGGAAAACCUAUAUGCAUUGGGUGGAUAUGAUGGUCAGGUAUAUCAUAGAAGCGUGGAAAGGUAUUGUUGGCAGUCUGACGAGUGGACUCCAGUGACGGCCAUGCAGCAGUGUCGCAGCUGUUUUUCAGCUUGUAUCCUGGAAGGCUUCAUCUAUGUCAUCGGAGGGUAUGGCCCCCCUUGCUUGAAUAGUGUUGAGAAGUAUGACCCAGUCUCCAAAGAGUGGGGAAAUGGUGACCCAAUGGUGGAAAAGCGUAUAAACUACGGAGCUGGGGUGGCCUGUGGUUGCCUCUUUGUGGUUGGAGGUCAUAAUGGUUGCUCUAACCUGUCCAGUGUGGAACGCUAUGAUCCUGUGGGUGACCAGUGGACAAACGUGACCGGUAUAGACAGACAAGGACAGGAUUGA